UUUACGCACAUUACCCUUUUCCCUUCCCCACACCUUAACACUUUGUCAAUAUUGUAUCUUUCCUUCCUUUACUCUCAUUUUUCCCUUACCUCUUUCACCAGCUCUCUCUCUCUCUAUUCUUUUUCAUAAUAUAUGUACAAUUUCUUUUUUCCUUUGUUCCAUUAUUUCAGUUUAUAAUGCCAGAUGAUAUGAAUCUAUCAAUAAAUGGUCAGUCUCAGGUCCCUCCAGGCUUUAGAUUUCAUCCCACUGAAGAAGAGCUUCUUCACUACUACCUCAGGAAGAAAGUUGCCUAUGAGAAGAUCGAUCUUGAUGUCAUUCGUGAGGUUGAUCUUAAUAAGCUUGAGCCUUGGGAUAUUCAAGAGAAGUGCAAAAUAGGAUCUACCCCGCAGAAUGAUUGGUAUUUUUUUAGUCACAAAGACAAGAAAUAUCCUACAGGCACUAGAACAAACAGAGCUACAGCAGCCGGAUUCUGGAAAGCCACUGGCCGAGAUAAGAUUAUUUACAGUGGCUUUAGAAGAAUUGGUUUGAGGAAGACUCUCGUGUUUUAUAAGGGAAGAGCCCCACACGGUCAGAAAUCUGAUUGGAUCAUGCAUGAGUACAGGCUUGAUGAUAGCUCUCAUGACACCGCAGGUUCAAAUCCAAUAGGAGACGGAAUCUCUGAGGAAGGAUGGGUGGUUUGCCGUGUGUUUAGAAAGAAGAACUAUCAAAAAACCCUAGAGAGUCCAAAAGGUUCUUCAAGCUCAAUGGAUUCGAAGACCCAGAUUCUUGGCUCUGGAAACGACGGAGUUCUUGAUCAAAUACUUCUAUAUAUGGGAAGAACUUGCAAGAUGGAGAAUGAAUCUUUUAGUCACCAUAUGAAUCUCUCCAGCAACAAUACCAAUAACAGUAUUAGAUUUCUUUCAGCUAACAACACAGGCAUCAGUACUGAAGGUUUACAUGAAAGAUUCAUGCAUCUUCCAAGGCUGGAUAGCCCAACUCUUCCUUCAGUUCCACUAAGCAGUCCAUCGUUUGAUCAAGAAAGAAAUCUGAAAUCAUGCUAUCAGUCAUAUGAUGAGAUGCUCUCAUCGGAGAAUAAUAACGAACCUUCCUCCACCAACAAUAGCAACAACCACCACCAUCAAGGCAAUGGCUUUGACAUAAGCUCAUCAUCAGCACAGGAAAACUGCAAAUCAUCAGGGGUUAAUGACUGGGUUACUUUUGAUCGUCUAGUAGCAUCACAGCUGAAUGGUCAGGUAGAGACGUCCAAACAAUUGUCCUGCUUUAGUGAUCCAAAUGGAAGCUUUGGUUUCUCAACUGAUGAUGACAUGCAAUUAUCACACAUACAUGUGCAAUCGAAUAGAUCAAAUCAGCCAAACUCUCAUCAGGUCUACAGUACUAACGAGAAUGAUCUGUGGAGUUUCACUAAAUCAUCGUCCCCAUCAUCAUCAGACCCAUUGUGCCAUCUGUCGGUAUAGCACAACAAGAAUCUCUUUUAAAUAUACCUCGUCAUAACAUUAUAGAAGCUCCUAAAAAUGUCUUUUAGGUACGUACCAGAAUACGUCUUGUUAUAUACUUAUAGUAUUUUGUCCAUAUAUAAUGCAUGUAUUGCCUAAAUAAAUCAGUGACAUAUAUAUAUAUAAAUAUUUUAAGAUAGGGUGGCAUUGUCAAAAUAUUCUCAUGUUAAUUUCUUUCCGGAAUAACGAAGUCCUCCAUGCACAAAUUUUUAUCCAGGAAUUAAUACAACAGCAAGGUUUUGGUGC